AUGCGUCUCCUGUCAUUUUCUCUCUUCAUAGCGGCCCUAGUCGGGCUCGUUAAUGCGGCCAACUUUGCUGAGCUAGCUGCUCAGCUCCCUGACUGCGAUAUACAAUGUGUGCAGCAAGCGAUACCGCAGUCACCGUGUUCAAUGACAAACACAACAUGUCUCUGUACCGAUCAGACAUUUGCAGGCUUGACGCAGGCUUGCGUACUGAAGAACUGCACAGUCAAGGACUCUUUGACAUUGAUGAGAGUUCAGAGCCUGGCUUGCGGUGUUCCUGUCAAAAGUCAACAGAUGAAGUUCAGGCUCAACGCACUUGUUGCGUGUAUCCUUGCCGAAAUUUGUGUGAUCCUGAGGAUAUACUCCAAAUUAAAGAUCUUUGGAAAGCUUGGUCCUGAUGACUAUGCAAUUCUCAUAGCAGGAUUUGCUACGGUGCCGUACAUCUGGCUCGCCUGCAGACUCGCAGAUCUUGGCUUUGGGCUCAACAUUUGGGAUAUCACCCCAUUCGAGCGCUUGUACGAACUGCUAAAGCUCUUCUGGAUUGAUCAGAUCAUGUACAGUGUUCACUUGUAUAGCACCAAGAUCUCGAUUCUUUUCUUUCUCCGUGGUAUUUUCACUACUUCCGAGUUCAAGAAGUUGACCGUGUCUAUCGGCAUCUUUGUUUGCUUGUGUGGUGCCGCUACCAUGAUCACCACUGCGCUGCAAUGUCUUCCUGCUUCCUUCAAUUGGACAAGCUGGGAUGGCGAGCACAAGGGCCACUGUAACGAUCUCAACUCACAGACUUAUGCUUUUGGUGGAAUCAACAUGGCUUGUGAUAUCGUCAUCCUAGUCUUGCCGAUUAAUCAUCUUUGGAAGCUGCAGGUCAAAGGCCGACAGAAGAUUCAGCUCUUCGUUAUGUUCAGUCUAGGCAUUGUAUCCAGCGCAAAAACGCUAACACAAAUGCCAGGGGAAUACGUCGAAGUCACCAUCUGGUCUAUCUGGGAAACGGAACUCGGCAUGGUUUGCGCAAGCCUCCCAGCCAUCCGUCACCUCUUCAAGCAUCUCUGGCCCAAUGCCAUGGCUACCAUUGCCUCCAAGAUGAGCUUCUCCAGCACAAACAAAGACUCCACACUUGACAAGAGUGCCGGAAGCUGGGGUGGCAGCCGUGGGGCUCGCUCCAAGACAGAUAACAAGGAGUACUAUGAGCUUGAUGAGCGGAGUCUCAUUGGCAAGGGGCCGGAUCCUGCCACUAAUAUGAGCUCCACCAACGUUCAUUCGAUGGCCUCUUGCAUUAUCUUGGAUGCUCCCUCAACGGCGAGACCGAAACUGGCUAGCCAGGAUGCAGAAGGAGAGACACUAGUAAAACUGACAUGUUUUAGGGGCUCAAUUCGUUUCUUUAAUUUAUUCAGUGUCAAUGAUUCCAGUAGUUGGACCCACAAUCGCAUAGUGUCUGAUUGUCUGAUGUACUGCUGUUGGCAAGUCAUCACCAUCAGGUAG